AUGUCUUAUGCGAUGGUGCUAUAUAUUAAAGCAAAAUUUUUGAUACGUAGCCUAACUCAAAUCAGCGUGAAGUACGGUUUCGUCUGUAAACGACCAACAGAUAUUCUCCAUACGCAUCAUCUUCGACUUGCGACAGAGUAUUUGGCUUUAAGGUGGAUCGAACUCACAUCCAUGAUUGCAAUAACAACCGGUAGAGUUUAUUGUCGCGUGUAUGUAGAAGCUUGGUUGACUAAUCUGGAUAUGGUCGCGCGUAUGACUGUGCAGGAAAUGUCUCACACUUACGCGUCUUGGACUGUAAUUGUACUUCAAGAAGCAGCCAAAGUGGUUAAGCCGCUCGUGUGCACGAACCUAUGUGCUAUACACGCGAAACGCGUGUCGAUCGUGCGCAAGGAAAUACAACUGGUCCGUGAGAUUCGAAGAGAGCGAACAUAG